AUGAGUUUCAUUCAACGAAUCACGAAACGGCUGCCCAGCGCGCCUAGCCUGCCGUUGGAAGAUGCUCCCAAUGAGAAAGGCCGCCAUCAUCCCAGAUUUGCCUUCUUCCGGCGGAGGAUCCGUCUAAAGGGCAACUCUUCUAUUUCUAUACCCCUGGGUCUUGUUUUACUAUUUCCAUGUCUUGUAAUUGUCCUCAUUCUGCUUCUCUUUGUGCGACACCCUGCCUCUCCCGGGGGCAUCUUAAUCCCAGCGGGCACCCCACCCUCCAUCCGAAAAAUCAGCGAAAAGCACGAUAAGGUCUUCGCCACGGGAUGUAUGCCCAUCGAGCCUGAAGCAAUUGCUAAGGCUCCCCGCGCCAAUGCAGCUUUCGUCGUGCUUGCCAGAAACAAGGAGCUUGAUGGUGUAAUUCAAUCGCUCAAGUCGAUUGAAAGACAUUUCAACCGGUGGUGGAACUACCCCUAUGUUUUCCUCAAUGAUGGCGACUUCGAUGACAACUUUAAGGCCACCGUGAAGAACUACACCAAUGCCGAUGUGGAAUUUGGCAAGAUUGAUAACAGCAUGUGGGGAUUCCCCGAUUGGGUUGACCAUGAUGUUGCCAAGGAAGGCAUCAGGAAGCAAGGUGAUGCUGCCAUAAUGUACGGUGGCAUGGAAAGUUAUCACCACAUGUGCCGAUUCUACUCCGGACACUUCUACAAGCAUCCUUUGCUGAUGAAGUACGAAUGGUACUGGCGUUUGGAGCCCGAGAUCACCUACUUCUGCGACAUUACCUAUGAUCCGUUCCUCAAGAUGGCCGAAGCCAACAAGACAUACGGGUUCACCAUUGCAGUCAAGGAGCUUAGGGAAACAGUCCCCAACAUUUUCCGCUAUGCGGCCGCCUACAAGCGCAAGUACAACCUGAAGUCUAAGGGUCUGUGGGAGAUGUUCCUGGAGCAACCGGAGAAGCCAGAGGUCCCCGAGGAGAACAACCAGGGCAAAUUGCCCGACGAAAUCCUGCAGACUGAUCCCGGUGACAACAACCUGAAGGAUAUCGACCCUGAGGCUAUGGAAGGCGAGAGCUACAACAUGUGUCAUUUCUGGAGUAACUUUGAAAUCGCUCGUCUGGAUUGGUUCCGCAGCAAGGAGUAUGAAGAUUUCUUCACCAUGAUGGACCGGAGCGGUGGUUUCUGGAAUGAACGAUGGGGCGAUGCUCCUAUUCACUCUCUUGCCGCUGGUGCUCUCCUUGCGCCCAGUGACAUCCACUACUUCCGUGACUUUGGCUACCGUCACACGACCAUCCAACACUGCCCCGCAAACGCUCCCGCUCGCCAACUUACUCGCAUCCCAUACCUCGAAAAGACCACGGAGGAUGAGAAGAAGCGUAUUGAGGAAGAUGAAUACUGGGCGAAUGCGGACCAGGUCAAGGAAAAUGGCGUCGGCUGUCGAUGCCGCUGUGACACCGACAUUGUCGAUGUCGAAGGCAAGCAAGGCAGUUGUCUUCCCGAAUGGGUUGAGGUUGCCGGCGGCUGGUCCUCGCCAUAA